AUGGCCUUGCUUCAACAUUAUCCCCUUUCUCUGGGGGGCCAAGCUAAGGCAGGGGAGGAAAGCCACCCCUAUCCCCCAUGGGUCGACUCGACUCUCAGUCACUUGAAGCAGCCAGAGGCUUCUGAAUGGGAAGGCGAACGAUUUGACCUGACUCCGGUGCAGCGAGGAAUUCUAACUUCCAUCGGAUCGGGAGCUGCAUGGAGUUCGUUUACUUUCGACAUACCGGAACAGAUGGUAUUCAGCAUCGAUCGACUGCGUAUGUCUUGGCAAGCCACAGCUGCCCAUCAUCCAAUCCUUCGAACAAUUAUCGUUUCACCCCAAGGUCAUCUAGGCCUGGCCCAGCAGCUUGUCGUUCCCCAAAUUUGCCCUAUGCGACUUGGACCCAGGGACCCAUAUCCUAAAACACUGCCGUACUUGGUUUAUCAAGAGGAGUACCAAACGGCCCCUUCGGUAACCCUUCACUACCACCGUGCCUUGCUAGACAGCAAGUCUCUCAUCCUGAUUCGGAAUGAUUUUGAAUUAUUCUUUCGAGGCUAUGCGUUUCCAACCCGGAUUCCCUUCAGUGAAUAUGCGAGGACCAUCAUAGAGGCCAGUCACGCCGAGGCGGAAGCAUUUUGGGAAACGUAUCUGGACGGGUAUCAGCCUAGGGACCUACUGAGGGUCUCAGCAGCUUUGACAGAUUCAACGGUCGACACAACUUUUCCCUUGAAUUUGAGUCUGCUAACGCAGGUCGAGGGGUUUGCUCAGGCAAAUUUUGUUCAGAGCCGAACAAUUUUUCUUGCUGCAUGGGCUAUAACUGUUUCUCGACACUUGGAAUCCAAUGACGUGGCUUUUUAUACCAACCUUAGGGCGUCUGGAGUAGGCCCGGUCCACGAUAUUGUCGGGCCCCUGGGGGCGAUCGCCCCGGUACGGCUUAGGCUCUCACAGGAGAGCUCCGCUCUCGACUUGUUCUCUUAUUUGAGCAAUGAAGAGAAGAAGGCCUCAGAGUACUCAUAUAUCGGGGGCCAGAAGAUAUGCGAGAUCAUUGGUGGCAAGGGCAGCGCGAAAGCCCUACUCCAAACGGCGAUUACAGUGUUGGAAGCUGAUACUCCUAGGCACCUCGACUGUUGCCCUCCGGCGGUCAUCCAUAUCCGCUUUGCGUCCGGCCAUCGUGAAGUGACCAUCGUGCAUGAAUCGUGCAUCCCCGCAGCCAGAGUUGAGAUCCUUCUCCAGCACUUCUGGGAGGCAUUGCGAGAGUUAACUGUGAAACCCACUUCGCCCCUUUCAGGCCUUGAUCUGGUAUCCGAAGUUGAAAAAUCCACCCUCUUGAGUUUUAAGCCCACGAUAUCUGGUGUCCUCCCCCAACUGGUCCAUCAUCUCAUUGAGGAACGGGUCGCCCUUAAAGGAGACGACAUAGCGUUGCAAUUUGAAAAGAGUGCGAAUCUAACCUUCUCUCAGCUGAACAUGGCCGCAAACCGUGUCGCACGGCAAUUGCUUGAGCGAAUGCCUCGCCAAUCAAUUAUUCCUGUUCAUAUGCAUGUCUCAAUCAACUUUAUAAUCGCGCUGCUGGCUAUUCUUAAAGCCGGUAGCGCGUAUGUCAUCCUUGAUCCCGUACAACCCACGGCUAGAAAGGAGUACAUUGUCCAGGACACAGGCGCUCCAUUUUACAUAUCUCAGCUGGGAGACCAGGACAUGAUCCCUGGUGUUACAGCUUUGUUCAUCGAGGACCUGGUCAGUAGCUCCGGUGAGGACACUGACCUCGACCUUGUCAUCAACACAGAAAGCCCGGCAUAUGUGAUCUAUACGUCUGGUUCAACCGGAAACCCGAAGGGGGUGGUGUUGAGCCACCGUGCAGCUUCAAUAGGCAUCAUUUGUGCGCCGACUUCUGCCAAUACACGCAGCUUACUCUUCUAUAACCCCAUAUUUUCGGCUGCCCAACGGACCAUUCUAUCAACCCUGGCCAAGGGUGGUUGUUUAUGCCUGGCCAGUAGAUCCAAGCUGCAAACGUCGUUGGCGGACCAGAUUAACGGAAUGGAGGUUGACACUCUCGGUAUAACAUCAUCUUUCCUUACUCGCUUCAACCCGGAGUAUGUCCCCACGCUAAAAAGAGUAACACUGACGGGAGAGGCGCCGAAUCUGUCCGUAAUCGAUCGAUGGGCGGCCUCCGUGGAACUAAGAAACAACUAUGGCCUCAGUGAGUGCACCCAGCUAAACUGGGGGCAGGUUAUGUCUGCAUCGACCAUGUCCCCCCACAACGUCGGAUUCCCGGCAGACAGUACAGCAGCAUUUGUGUUAGAGCCAGGAACCUUCCAAAUGGCUCCAUUUUUGGUGCCUGGAGAACUAUGCCUUCAAGGCCCCCAACUAGCAAGUGGAUAUCUCAAUCGACCCGAGCUCACGGCCAAGGCCUUCGUGGAUAGCCCGUUCACGCCAGGCCAGAAGCUUUACAGAACAGGUGAUCUUGCCGUCCGUCUGGAAGAUGGAAGUGUUGAGAUCAUUGGCCGUAUUGACUUUCAGACAAAGAUUAACGGACAGCGUGUCGAGCCCAAUGAAAUCGCUGCUAUGUUGAGAAAGCAGAACGGGGUGCACAAUGUUGCUGUCGUCACGGUUACAGUAGAAGGGGAGAAGGCGUUAGUCGCCUGUGUCUCGCCAAACACUGCAUCACUGGCCUGGUCUCAGCUUGUGGGAGAACUUCGGAAGGCAGCGUUAUCCAACCUCCCGCGAUACAUGACCCCGGCGUACUGGAUCUCCUUCAACACAUUGCCAGUUAAUGCUAGUGGGAAGAUUGAUAUAAUGAAGCUGCGUGAGCAGGUUGGUUCCAUGAGUCGCGCUGAGCUGGUAGCCUCCAGUGCCAGCUCCACUGGUGAUGACAGAGAGCUAUCUAGUGAGGAGAAGAUUCUGCAAUCAGCCUGGACAAAGGCUCUUCAGAUCCCCACAGAGCUUGUCACUGCUACUCAGUCAUUCCUCGCACUUGGGGGAGACUCUCUCAAGGCACUGGUUGUAAUAUCAGAGCUGCUGUCGUCAAACUAUAUUAUCGAGUUGGGCGACAUUUUGCAAUCGGACUCUCUUGCGACAGCGGCAUUGCGACUUCGAUAUGGGGAGACAACCACUGAUGCUGCCCCUGCCGCAUACAGUAUGUUGCCGGACCACAUUGGAGGUAUUGACCACGACACAUAUGAGGAUAUAUACCCAGCUACCGCCCUCCAGGAAGGUAUUCUCUCUGCCCACCAGACUGUUGGCGGAUAUGUCUAUCAUCGAAUAUAUCGAAUUCGGGGGGUUGAUAUUGACCGCCUGAGACGCGCAUUUCAGACCGUCAUUGCGACUGAUGCGAUAUACCGAACUAGCUUUAAAGGAAACGGAGCGGCCUUCCUUCAGAUGGUGCACAAAAAAUUUGAACUUCCUUGGGAUGUAGUCAGUGGUGUCUCACCAGAGGAGUACAUCUCGCAGCAUCCUACAGAUGAUAUUGAUAUUACAGCACCGCCUAUCCGUGCCGCCGUUCUCGAUCAAGAUGUCAUGGUGGUGGCCAUGCACCACGCUCUGUUCGAUUUCUGGUCAUCGAGGUUCUUGUUUGAGGAUGUGACGGCUGAAUAUCACGGCCAACCCCGUAUAUCACGACCUCCGUUCAAUGUCUUCGUGCGUCAUCUCCAGCAGAAUAUACAUGAAGCCGACGCUGCUAUUUUCUGGUCUGGGUAUCUAAAGGAGGCAGGUCCAACCCACCUAACCGCAGGUGAAGAGUUCAGCGCUGUGAACCGCAUGCUCAAUCGUGAUCUGCGUGCGUUGACUACAACUCUCGGCGUUUCGAUUGGUGCGCUCGUAUACGCCGCCUGGUCUAUCAUCCUAUGGAAACAUACCGGCAAUACAGAUGUAACUUUUGCCAUUACACUCUCCGGCAGAGAUACUCCGAUCAAGGGUAUCCAAACCCUUAGCGGACCGACUCUCACUGUUGUUCCUCUUCGGGUUCAAUUGCAGCCCAGCACAAUGCGCUUGAUCGAUGUAGCUAGAAUGGUACAAAAAGAGAUAUGGAAAGUGGCUCAGCACUCGCAGUUUGGAUUGCGUAAGGCCCUGCAGGCGGCCUCUCAGAGCCCGAAGGCUUUCAAUUCAAUGGUGAACUUCCUGUUGAAAAGGGAGGUAGACAAGGAGAAGGCUGUCUUCCAACCAUAUGCAGAGCGCCCGAUCUGGAAUACCGGCUAUACAUCGCUCGAAGUGGAAGAAAACGAGCUAGGGCAAUUUGAGCUCCGAUUGUCUGGACAACUGGACCCCAUGCGGGCCGACUUCAUCAUUGAUCAAGUGGGCAAGAUAUUUGAAGAUAUGGCGUCAGGAAAUGCCAUAUGUUUGAGUGAGAUGGAAAUUAUCGGCAGUGCAGAGUCGGCAUUCCUUCGUACCUUGUCCCAGCCGGUUUCCAGCAAUGCGAGACUCCUGCAUGACGGCUUCGAGGCAAUCGUUGCUUCCACCGGAGACCGUGUUGCGAUAGAAUUCGAGAACGGUGACAACAUAACCUACAGAGAACUCAACUCCCGUGCAAACCAACUCGCCAGAUUUCUAGUCACCAAAGGAGUUAGCCCAGACAGUCUAGUGCCCAUCUGCCUCCCUAAGUCCAUCGAGAUGAUAACCUCAAUCCUCGCUAUUCUCAAAGCAGGGGGGGCAUUUGUCCCACUCGAUCCCGACAAUCCGCCGGAGCGAAACAAUUUCAUUGUAAGAGAUGUUUCCGCUGCGAUCGUGCUGACAAAUGAGCACUUGCUUGAUAUCUUUGACGAGGCAAGAGACAGGGGAGUGCAGGUGGAGGAUGUGUACAACAUCGAUGUAUCGUGCUACCCCAGCACCAACCUCUUGCUGGAGGUGUUAGAACCCAGCCAUCUCGCCUACACGAUAUACACUUCAGGAUCAACUGGUGUGCCCAAGGGUGUGCUAGUCUCUCACAGCUCUAUUGCAUCGGGGAUUGAGAGUAUCAUCACUGCAGAACACUGGGAGCCAAACUGGCGUGUGUUACAAUUCUCCAACUAUGUCUUUGACGUGGCCGUGGGAGAUAUUUUCUGCACUCUCAGCACCGGUGCAAUACUAUGCAUGGCCUCCAUGGAGUCGCUUCUCUCCAACCUUGCGCAUAUCGUCAACAAACUGAAGGUGGACCGAUUAUUUCUGACUCCAACCGUGGCCAAGCUGAUUCAGCCUAAAGAAGUUCCUGGAGUGCAGGGAAUUUAUCUUGCUGGAGAGCCAGUAACCCCCGAUUUGGUUGAAACAUGGGCCCCCCACUGCCAUGUCAUGAACUGCUACGGGCCCACCGAGGCAGCUAUUCUUGCUGUAGCGGGCACGAUUGAGCACGGCAUGAAUUCCAAGGUCAUCGGGCAUCCCCUAAAAAACUGCAUAUCCAUGAUCCUCGAACCUGGGAGUAUGCGUUUAUCCCCCUAUGGCGCGGUGGGCGAGCUUUGCCUUAGUGGACCCCAGCUUGCGCGCGGCUAUCUGAACCGCCGUGACGUAACAGACAAAGCAUUCGUGGUCUGCGAUAAUAAGAGGGUAUAUCGAACGGGGGACUUGGCUCGUUGGAUUCCUAAUUAUCGCAUCGAGUGUUUUGGCCGCCAGGAUAACCAGGUAAAAGUCAGCGGGCAUCGUAUUGAGCUAGGGGAGAUAGAAAAUGCCAUUAUCACAGGCUCCGGCGUCCAGCAAGCCGUUGUUAGUGCAGUUGAAAUCCAGGAGAAGAUGCACCUAGUAGCAUUUUGUGUCGCGGACCCGACCAAGGGUCAGGGUAUCCUCCACCCGGAGGAAUACCUGGAUAUGCUCAUCACCAUCCGUGUUGGUCUGACCUCGCUUCCUCCAUAUAUGGUACCUACCAUCUGGAUUCCCGUGGGAGCGAUGCCACUGCUCCCAUCAGGCAAAGUCAACAGGAAGAAACUUGUGGAGUGGAUUCAAAAUAUGGAUAGCGCGAAGCUGCAGCAAUAUUCGAAUUCGGAUGCUCUAGGUGAGUUUGUCCAUCCAGUUUCUGACCAAGAAAAAUUGCUGCAGAAACUGUGGGCAAACCUGCUCAAUAAAGACAUCACCGAGAUUAGCGCCGUCAGCCCCUUUUUCCUUCACGGGGGAGACUCGAUUUCCGCAAUCAACUUGGUCAGCAAGUGCAAGGGCCAUGGAUAUAUCUUGGCGGUUAGUGACGUCCUUGCUUAUCCCUCACUGAAGGACAUGGCAGCUCGUAUGAGACCAGUGAGCCGAGCUCAAAACACCGUUGAGAAACUCCAGUACGACGUGCCCGAUAGCAUAUAUGCUACCCUAGCCAGGGCUGGAGUGUCCACGGCAGAAAUCAAAGUCAUAUACCCUGCUGUUCCUGGAGUGGAGGAUUUUCUGACCCGUGGUGCCAAGGAGGAGCAGUUCUGGCAGUGCCAAACAGUGAGGCCGCUCCCUGACAUCUUGGAUUUUGACAGAUGGAUCCAAAUCACAACCGAGCUGACAGCGCGGAACGAGAUUCUUCGCUCAAUGUGGCUGCAGUCAGGUCACACCUGGUUACAGGUGGUGAUGGAGAAACCGACCUUAGACCUGGAGAUCAUCAAUUGUAGCUCUGAGCAGGACAAACAAGCACAAUUUGACCGUACAUGGAACGAAAGAUUUGAAAUCGGCAAGCCCUUCAUCCGCUAUCGACUUUUCGUACUCCCAGAUGGGACGCGCGACUUACUCAUCAAGAUCCACCAUGCCAUGUACGAUGGGACUCUCCUGCGGAUAUUUGACGACGAAUUCAAGGCCCUAUAUAAGGGACAGCCUCUCCCACCGACAGUCUCCUUCAGGGACUACGUGGAUUUCAUGCACUCGACGAGUAAGGCCAAGUCCAUGUCCUUCUGGAAAGGGCUCCUGCAAGGCAAUACAGCCCUGUUUCCCACGGUGAGCAACCCGAUCGCCUCCAAGCUUACGGUGACUACUGCGGACCGCCGAGUAGACUCGUUUGCGGCGGUUUGUGGUGUCACCGUCUCCAUUGUCUUUCAGACCGCCUUCACCUUGCUCUUAUCUCGGCUCAAUGUGGGCUGCACAGAUAUCACCUAUGACAACCUCAUCACCGGUCGAAACUUGGAGCUGGAGAACGCGCAAACAAUCGCAGGGACAUGUGCAAAUUUCCUUCCUUUCCGGAGUACCUUCGCGGACACGACGGGUGUACGAGAGCUACUCAGGGGGACUCAGUCGCUGUUCUGGGAGACGACUGAAAACGGGAACGUCAGCCUGGACGACAUUUACAAGUCUUUGGGGCAAAAUCGGGAAGAAAGCACCGCGCGCGCGCUGUUUCUGUUCCAGCCAUUCGAUGCACCUGCACCCACGGCCAACCUAAUCGAUAAACAUAUGCGGUGGAUGGUAAUGGGAUUGAGCAAAGUCCGGAUGCCGAUUGAUUAUGCCUUGCAUCUAGAGGUUUCUAAAACCCUAGCAGGGUAUAAUCUCCGGUGGAAGUUUGACCCUCGAGUUUAUCCUGUUGAGGAGUUUGAGCGUGUUACGGAAAACUAUGCGGAUAUCCUGGCGAAGAUGAUGGCGCAUUCAAGAAGCAGUGUAGCUUCUAUUCUGUGA